AUGAGUGAGCUGUUCGAGGAAAAUGAAACUGAUGCGAACGUGGAGGACAACAAACGGGUUCGUAGACGUGCUCGACCUACAUCACCUUCCGCUCAUGUCCAAGUGACCCCAAUCCCCGAUCCCCAAGAUUUCCCGGCACCGAUACUGACCGAACCAAUCGAUCUGGAACCAGAGGGACAUGGAUGUUGCGGCUAUUUAUUCAUCACAUUGGCAUUUCUAUUCUACCUGAUCUUGUUUCCACUGACCGUAUGGUUCUCAUUCACCGUGAUUCAAUCCUACGAACGUGGUAUAGUACUACGUUUGGGCAAAUUGCGCAAACAGAACGGAUCUCCCAUCCUCGGCUCAGGGAUACAAUUUCUCUUACCUUUUGUGGACAAAAUGAUGAAAGUGGACAUGCGUACGGUCACGGUUAACAUUCCACCACAAGAUGUGCUAACUCGGGACUCGGUCACGGUCGGUGUGGACGCGAUUGUCUAUAUGCGUGUAAUUCAUCCGGCACAGGCUUUGCUAUGCGUUCAAAAUUGGUCUGUAUCGGCUGAAAUGUUGGCGGUCAGUUUGUUGCGCACGGUCAUCGGAAACUAUCGACUGGGUGAAUUAUUAUCCUAUCGUGAACAAAUCGAUGCCAAAUUGAAAAAACAAUUAGAUGAAGCUACUGUGGCAUGGGGGAUUAAUGUGAGUCGAAUGUUGGUUUGA